CUGAUCUGGUAUCGAUGUGUAAUUUCUGGCCAUGAACCUGACCGCCUGAGUCACUUGGCCUGCAGCAAUGGGAAUCGUGACAGCACACGCGAUUGAAGGAUCAGGCAGAGUCUCAGGCAGUGAGGGUCGCCGGAGUAUCUAUAUCUAGCUGUAGUUGCCCUUCCCAGUCUCUGCCGUCCUAACAAACCAAGCACACCAAUCGUCUCUACAGACUCUGCCACGACGAUCAGACUCAGAUCUCACGAUGAGUUCAUCCGUUCCCGAACACAUGAUCCCGGUCUACAAAUGUGUGGUGCAGGGAUUUAUCAGCGAAUAUCACGGCCAAUAUGACAAAGCGCUUGAAGAAUACAAAACUUCCAUCGAUCUUCUCGUCAAAAUUAUGCCAACCAUCAAAAAGAACAAUCUCAAAGUUCAUCGAAAGAUGUAUGAACGCCAACUCGAGGUGUUGCUUGAACGCAAAGCCGUGCUCGAUCAAGCAGCCAGGGCCAAUCCGCCCUUCGCUGGAGUCAUCGCUCCUCCCACGAUCCUGAGUGCGGAUGCUGAGGUCCUAGCCGCUCAGAAUGGUAAUCACUUUUGUUUAAGUCUGGAUCAAAAGUUGCUCAGUGACCACGACAAAGCGCUACCAAAGGGAAUGGACCUCAAAGUGUAUCGUAGCACUGCACCAGAUAAUAUCAAGCGGCUCCUAUCGGAUAAUGUGCCGAAAUUCACGCCCACACUGGAUGCGUCACUCACACCAACUGUUUACAAUAUCUCGAUAGACUCGGAGUUAGUUAAUCUUGGUCUCAGGUCCUACUGGGCCUAUGUGAAAGAUGCGACAAAAGCGCACACCCUCUAUGCCCUGCAAAUAGUCUGGAACUCGGAUGCGCCAAUUACCGAAGCGGUUCUGAGGCGUUCUGGGGAGUUUCUUCCAGCUGCUGGAGCAGUUCAUGUUGACAUCCGAAGAACGGCACCACCUGGCGGUGGAGCAUACUGGCUUGCAAUGAAGGAUCCACAAGGAAGUGUGACGUUAGAGUUGCCUGAUCGAGUCUCAAAAACAAGAUCUUGGUCGCCGCGUCGAUUCACUUACGGCGGUCGCAAGUUCGUGUGGAAAGCGUUCGAAGAUGGAAAGUUGAUUACCAAGUUCCAAUGGGACACGCUCUACGAAUACUCUCGAACGUGGCCGGUGGAAGGAAGUAAGACUGGAAAGCAGGAAGACGAAGUGGUGGGUGAUCGUCUGUGUUGGGGUGAGACAGAUUCUAGGCGUAAGCAAAAUUAUACUAUUUACAUGGCUGGUGGGCUGGAUCAGCAUUUUAGAGAACAUCUGCUGGCCAGUCAGUUGACGAGAUAUUUUGGGAAGACAUGGGGGUCUACGUCCAAGAACGAGAGCAGUGGGAUGGCAGCAGCUGGCGGCGUUGCCAGUGUCCUUUCGGUGGCUGCCUCGUUCUUGUAGCUGGCAGAUUCGACAUGGUUCAGGUUCGAGUCAAGGGUUGGAGGACAGCCAGGUAUCAUGUUGCCAGAUGAGACUCUUGAAGAUGCCUCCAAUGUUCUCGACAUUUGACCAUUGUCAUCACCCGAUCGGG